AUGAAAAGUGCAUCAUUUACGUUUUUUGCAUAUUUAGGUUGUAUUUUGGUAGCCGCUCUAGAAAAUGCAAUGAUAUCGGACAUAAAUGAACAAGAACAUCAAGUGAUAGAGUUAUUUAAAAAUGAAAGACCAUUAAGAUUGAGAAAGAUAAGGGGUUCUAAAGAUACUUGGAAUAGAAGAUUCAAUAAGGAUUCUAAUAUGGACUAUUUUGAAAAUUAUCCGGGAGUUGAUUAUUUUAGAAAAGAUGAUUAUGAAAUUUUUUUUCCUGAAGACUAUCCUCAAGAUAACCAAUGGGUUGAGGAAAUUACCCAGGAAAGGGCGGUUAUGGCACAGCCUGUUAAGAGGAAAGCAGAAGAGAAAACACUAGGAAAUUAUGAGAUUAAGGAGGAACACGUCUUGGGUUUAAUUGUGAAAAGUGAUUAUACUGAUGAUGCUAAAUGCAAGGAAAAGCUCAGAGAAUAUUGUACCGAAUUGAAGAAAAUAGAUGAUAAAUUAGAAAAUGUGGAUCCUAAAGUUAAAGGAUUUUGUGAAAAUGGAAAACAAGAAGAAAAAUGCAAAGGCCUGAAACAGAAAGUUGAAAAGGAAUUAAACGAACUAAAAGCAAAACUUGAUGAAUUACUAAAAAAAUCCAUAGAUAAUAAAAAUUGUAGGAAAUAUGAGGAUAUAUGUAUAUUUUUAGAAGAUGUAGAUCAGAAAAAUGUUAAAGAUAAAUGUAGCGAGUUGAGAGAUAAAUGUUAUAAAAAAAAGCGUCAAGAAGUAGCAGAAGAAAUUCUUUUUAGAGCUAUUAAUGGAACAGUUGAUGAUGAAAAUAUAUGCAAACAAAAUAUACAAUUAGUUUGUCUAAGAUUAAGUAGAUUCAGUAAUGAAUUAAUGUUAUUAUGUCUUAAUCUGGACUAUACUUGUAAAAAUCUUAAAAAGAGACAGGAAGAUAUUUGCAAUCUUUUAAAUACAGAACUCAAUGAUAAUCAAUUACAGGGAAAGUGUUAUGAAAGGCUUGAAAAUUGUUAUUUUUAUGAACAAAGUUGUAAGAAUACAAAAUGUGAUCAGGUUAAGAAUCAAUGUAAGGGAAAAGAUGUUACAUACAAAGCUCCAGGAUCAGAUUUUACUCCAGUUAGACAAGAUCCAUCAUUGUCGGAGAAGAUUGGACUGAAAGAUCUUUAUAAAAAACUGGAAACUAAAGGAAUUAUUAUUGAUAAAUUAGAAGUGGAUACAUUAAGAAAAACAAAAGAUAUUUUAAAAUAUAUAUUGCUAAUCUUAAGUUAUGACGAAAAUGAUACGGAUCUAGAAAAAAAAUGCGCUAAAGCAUUAAGCAAAUGUAAUACUUCUAAGUACCUGAAUUAUAAAUUUGAAGAAUUAUGCAAUAAACAAAAUCUAGUCGAAUGCAAAAAAUUAAUAGAUAUGAAAGACAGAUGUAUGACUCUUAAAUUAAAACUCUAUAUGAAGGGUUUGUCUACGGAAUAUGAAAAUAAAGAUUCAGAAAUUUUUUCAUGGAAAAAACUUCCAGAAUUUCUUAGUAGAAAAGAUUGUAUAGAGUUAGAAUCGGAAUGCUUUUAUUUAAAAACAGCUUGUGACAAUAAAAUUGAUAAAGCAUGUAAAAAUCUAAGAGCAGCAUGCUAUAAAAAGGGACAAGAUAGGAUGUUCAAUAAAUACUUUCGGGAAGAAUUGAAACAGUUUCUUGGUAAUUUAAAAUUUAGUUUUGAUUAUAAUGAAUGUCAAAAAUCAGCAAUAGAUGGUUGUAUAAAGCUUAAGAAGAAUAUGAAAUACCUUCAAAAUUGUCUUCAACCAAAUGAACUGUGUUUUAAACUUUUUGAUGAUAUUACUAUUCAUUCGAAAGAAUUAGAUGUACUUUUAAAUUCAAGAAGAGAUUUUCCAGAAGAGGAAGAUUGUGUUGAAUUGGAGAAGGAGUGUCAUGAUUUUAAAAGUAUUCCAUAUUUCAAUAAUCUGAAAUGUAAUACAUUGAAUAGGCGGUGUGAAUAUUUAAGAGUUACAGAAGAAUUAAGAAAAAGAUUAUUAAAAAGAGAAGAUGAUCUAUUAAAAACUCAAGAAAAUUGUAAGGCAGGAUUAAAGGAAAAAUGUAAGGAAUUAUUUAGAAGAGGAAAGAAUGAGUUUAAUGUUUCGUGUGCUUUACCAGAAGAAACAUGUGAAUUACUAGUAGAAAAAACAGAUUUUGAGUGUCUUGUGCUUAAAACUAAUAUGAAAAAAAAAAAUAUUCUAAAGAAUAUUGAAGAAGGAAAUGAAACAUUUGUUAAAGAAAUUUGCAUGUUAUGGAAUCCAUAUUGUCAUCAAUAUAUGGAAAAUUGUCCAGAUAGAUUGAAAAAAAAUUUUGAAAAUCCCACUGAAAAGGGACUCUGUUUACAACUUAAAGAGAAAUGUGAUCCAUUUUGGAAGAAGUUGCAAUUGGAAAAUGAGUUGACGUAUGAAUUGAAAGGUAGUUUAAGUACGGAAGAUGAAUGUAAAAAAGCAUUAGGAAAGUAUUGCACAGACUGGGAAAAAGGAAAAAAUCAAACACUGAUUAGUCUAUGUAAAGAUAAAAAUAAUUCAACUAAAGAUGUCAAAAAAGAAGUUUGCGAUAAAUUAGUUAAAAAACUAAAAGAGAAAUGUCCUACUUUAAAAAGUGAUCUAGAGAAAGCAAAAAGUGAAUUGAAGGAGAAAAAGGAUAAAUACGAAAACCUGAAACAGGAGGCAGAAGAUUCUAUGAGGCUAGCUAAAUUACUAUUAUCAAGACCUAAGAAAGACGGGCAAGGUGCAGCGCCAAGUCUACAGAAUAGCAAUGCUGCUGCACCAACGCUACAGCCAGUAAGAUCAUCAGGAUCAACACAAGUAUUACCACAACCAAAAAGUUUAAGAGGAUCAGAUCCUACACAAUAUAGAGCGACAAACACAAGUGGAACUCUGGGUACAUCAGGUGGAAUGACAAACACAUCAGGAAGUGCAAUAAAUGCAACAACAAAACUUACACUUGUUCGAAGAACAUUUGUAUAUGGAGGGGCAUCAAAAGCAGAAACAAACGCAUUUGAUGCAACAGCAAGAGCAUUCGAAUUGUAUUUAGAAUUGAAAGAGGAAUGCAAAGGUUUGCAAGUAGAUUGUGGUUUUAGAAAGGAUUGCCCGGAGUGUGAAGCGGCCUGUACAGAAAUAGAUGAGUUGUGUGAAGGAAUAGAAGGAUUAAAAGUUACACCGCAUCAUACGGUGACAUCAACGGCGACACAGACAACGACGACGACAGCAACGACAACGACGACGACGACAACAACGACAACGACAACGACGACAACAACAAGGACAACGACGACGACAACGACGGCAACGACGACAGAGUCGGUAGAUGGAGGGAAGGUAACGGAAGAAUGUACAUUAGUUCGGACGACAGAUACAUGGGUGACGAGUACAUCGUUGCAUACGAGUACGAUGACAAGUACAUCUACAGUGACAUCUACGGCGACAUUGACGUCGAUGCGAAAAUGCAAACCUACGAGAUGUACGAGUGAUUCAAGUAAAGAAACAGAAACACAAAAAGAGGAAGAGAAAGAAGAAGAAGUGAAAUCAAAUGAGGGGAUGAAAAUGAGAGUUCCAGAGAUAGUAAAAAUAAUAUUAUUGGGAGUGAUGGUUAUAGGAAUGUUAUAA